UUUUCUCAGUUUGACCCAUCAGAAUCAGACAUUUUUCUCCGAAUGUUGAAGCUUUUACUUCUCCAACAUAGAACUUGUUCAGCUUACAUCAACAAGUUCCAAUUUUUCACCUUCAGAUUGUUUUCCCAAUCUCCUUCUCCGUCAAAUUCAGCAUCUUCGUUGGCUUAUCUAUCGUCUUCUUCUCCGAGUCUAGCCGAGGCAAUUCUGAAAUGCAGAUCCACGGAAGAAGCGCUCAAGCUGUUCAAAACGUCUUCGAGACUCGAGAUCUCGAAAACAAAGGAUCUCCGAAAUUAUUCGGAAGUAAUUCACGUUUUGACCGGAGCUCAGAAGUAUACGCUCGCCAGGUGUUUGAUUAAAAGCCUCAUAGAAAGUCUCCGGCGCCACAGUGAGCCGAAUAACGUUUCUUAUAGAGUUUUCAAUGCUCUCGAGGAUAUUCAGAGUACAACAUUUUGUAUUGGGGUGUUUAGUCUAUUAAUCAUGGAGCUUCUAGAGAUGGGUUUGUUUGAAGAAGCUCUUUGGGUGAGUCGAGAGAUGAGAUGUUCUCCGGAUUCGAAAGCUUGUCUUGCGGUUUUGAAUGGAUUGGUUAGAAGGACAAGGUUUGAUUCAGUCUGGGUUGAUUACCAACUUAUGAUCUCUCGUGGUUUAGUCCCUGACGUCCACAUUUACUCAGUUUUGUUCCAAUGCUGUUUCAAACAAGGUUUAUCCUCCAAAAAAGAGAAACUUCUUGAUGGUAUGACGUCGUUAGGGAUCAAGCCGAAUGUUUAUAUCUUUACCAUAUAUAUCCGUGAUCUGUGUAGGGAAAAUAAGAUGGAGGAAGCGGAGAAAAUGUUCAGCUUGAUGAAGAAACAUGGCGUUGUUCCAAACUUAUAUACUUACAGUGCAUUAAUUGAUGGUUACUGCAAGACCUGUAACCUGAGGCAAGCUUACACAUUGUAUAAGGAGAUCUUGGUUGCUGAAUUGUUGCCAAAUGUUGUUGUUUUCGGCACAUUGGUCGAUGGUUUUUGCAAAGCGCGCGAAUUGGUUGCUGCGAGGAGCCUUUUUGUGCAUAUGGUGAAGUUCGGGGUUGAUCCAAAUUUAUAUGUUUAUAACUGUUUAAUUCAUGGACAGAGCAGAUCUGGAGACAUGUUGGAAGCAAUGGGAUUGUUUUCCGAGAUGGUAAGUUUGAAUCUUCUGCCUGAUGUAUUCACUUAUACUAUACUUAUCAACGGGCUUUGUACUGAAGAUCGGCUAGCAGAAGCAUAUCGAUUAUUUCAGAGCAUGAAGAAUGAGAGAAUUUUCCCAACCUCUGUGACUUUUAAUUCGCUGAUUCAUGGGUUUUGUAAAAAUAACAAUAUGGAGAAAGCUCUGGAAUUGUGCUCAGAGAUGACAGCAAGUGGCAUAGAACCCAACAUCUUAACCUUUUCUAUUUUGAUCGAUGGUUACUGCAAAGUGAGAAACAUAAAAGCUGCAAUGGGCUUGUACUCUGAGAUGACCAUCAAAGGCAUAAUUCCUGAUGUUGUGACCUACACAGCUUUGAUCGAUGCCCAUUUCAAGGAGGCCAACAUGAAAGAAGCACUCAAGCUGUACAGUGACAUGCUAGAGGCUGGAAUCCACCCCAAUGAUCACACGCUCGCUUGCUUAAUAGAUGGAUUCUGGAAAGAAGGGCGAAUAUCUGAUGCCAUUGAUUUUUAUCGGGAAAACAAUCAAGCUGUUACCGGUAAAUCCAUUGUACAGAGGAGCUGCUGGAAUUAUGUGGGGUUUACAUGCUUGAUUCAAGGGUUAUGUCAGAACGGCUACAUUCUUCGAGCUAGCAGGUGCUUCUCAGACAUGAGAUCUGGUGGGAUAAUCCCGGACAUAUGGAGUUACAUUUCGAUGUUAAAGGGUCAUCUCCAAGAAAAACGUAAUACAGAUAUAAUGAUGUUGCACUGUGACAUGAUCAAAACUGGGACAUUGCCUAACCUUUUGGUGAAUCAAUUGCUAGCCAGGUUUUACCGAGAGAAUGGAUAUCUAAGGUCAGCUGGUUUAUUGACCAAUCCAAGCUGUUUGAGUACUAUCAGCUAAUUGGCAGUAAUUCCUGCAAGUCAAUCUUGCGAACUUCAUGAUCUUUUUGUUCAUUCUCAGGCUCUUGAUUGUAUAUAAGGAUAAAGCUUUUACAGAAGAUCGAGCACAGUAUUUAACAAUGAGCUUUAGGGCAAGAGUAGCAAGACAGAUGAAAAUGCUUUAUUUUCCAAAGUCAAAAUACAUAUGUAACAGCUUAUUUCUUAUAACAGUAUUUCAUUGCAAAA